GUGUUGGCUUCCCAAGGAAGCUACCCAAAAAAUGGGCACAGGUGGUGGCUCUGACAGCUGAGAUGGCUGACAUCAAGGUGAAGCUCAGGUGCUCUCAGGAACAGUUUGUGGACAUGCUGCAGAAGUACUACACUCAGCAGUUGGUUCAGCUUGAGGGUCCUGAUGCUGUGCCUGAUUGGGUGAUGCUCAGUUUCAGGAAUGAACUCAGUCAGAUCUUCAAAGACUUCAAGGGUUACCCAAAGAUCACUCAGGGGCAAUGGAUUAGGAUUCUCAAGACAGCUCUUCAGGAUGCUCAGGAUAUGGAAAAGGAGUUGAAUGCACAGCCUGACCAUGAGGUGAUGGAGGUGCCUGACAAGGUUUUGUGGACUCAGAAGGGUGGCCAAGGGCGCUACCAGCUUCAGCCCAAUGAUCCACCUCAGGAACCCUCAUGCUUAGCACUCUUCAACAACAUGGACUCAGAAAACAUUGUGGAGACUGCCAAUGAUGCUCAGGGCUAUGUCAAGUCUGAGCUCCAAAAGCUGAACAUCAAUGAGAUUGACAAGCUCCUGGACAACUCAGAAUCAGAUCAGAAGCUCAGUGACUUGGACAAUGUACCUGACCUGAUUGAGGACAUGAAGUCCAAGAUUCUUCUACUUGAGCAGGCACUUGAAUCUCAGGAGCUCACAAUGCUUAGGCUCAGGAAAUAUGCUAAGAACAUGGAAGAGGAGCAAGGUGAGCUCAGGGCUUUGCAUGCUGAGCUUCAACUCUCAGUGAAAAGAUCUCAGUCCUACUGGGAGCAGAAGCUGUCUCAGGAUCUUGUGAAUAAGGACGCUCUGAGAAAGUUCAUGGAAACUCAUCAAAUGAGUGAACUAGAUCUCAGGCAGCUGAUGCAAAAGUCUCCUCAGAUUGAUCACAAGCCUCAGGACUCAGUGAAGGAAGUUGUGGAUGUAUAA